AUGGACAUCCUACAGCGCCCACUUCCCAAUGCCCCCAGAUUUCUCGCCAUCGCCCUCGGUGCCGUCAUCACGCACGCCGGCGUUUCCGCCUUCGUCACGCCCACAACCUUCACGGCUCAAUUCGGUCUUCCCCAACAGCCACCCAUCAAUCCCUGGGUCUACGCCUUCGCAGCCCGAGAAGUCACCUUGGGCCUGACGCUCUGUGCAUUUGCCGCACGAAAGGACUGGAAAAGUGUGGGUGUGGUCGGAGUCAUAGCGGCGCUGUGUGGCGCGACUGACGGUAAGGUUGAACAUAUCUGCGAGAAGCCCAGAGGCGAGGGUUUCCUUCAGCGCUGA